AUGCAAGUCAUCAUGAUCGCUUGGUUACAUGCCAUGUAUCAGCGAUCCAGAAAGGUGCUAAUAUUUCUCGUUGUCAUCUUCCUGGCCAUCACAAUCACCAACGCAGUAAUGCUCGCGAUAGAGAUGAUGCAGACUUCAGGGGCGGAAUUCGUUCUCUCCGGCACUUAUCAGUGCAUGAUUGGCUAUGUGGGAGAUGCCCAACUUCUGUAUCCCAUGACUUGGAUACCUGCCACUGUAUGGGAGGUCGUUACACCGUGUCUCGCGGUCUGGAUUGUUGUGAAGUACUUCCGUGAACUACGACGACACCCAACAAGAGGUGUUAUCGGGGACUGUCUCACGGUGUUAAUGCAAAUUCACGUUAGUUACUUUGCAAGUUUUUUUGCUAUCUCUUGCUUCCGGAUCGGUUUAGUCUCUCCAACGCUCUCAGCGGACGGAUAUUCCCUGGCCACUCAGACUUAUUCUGGUCUCGCUCAGAUAUUCCUUUUCGUGCAGUUGUUUGUGCUGGGACCGCGCCUUAUCAUCGGUGUUCGAGAUUAUCACGCUGAGCUCGUGGCCAACUCUGAUACGGCAACCACUAUGCCUUCAAUUGCUUAUCAAGAGCGCGUCCAUAUGCGGGUAGUGUACAGGGAGCGGGAGAAUUUGUUUUUAUUUAUUCCAGGUUUUGUCGUGGUACUUAUUUGUAGAUCUCUCCCUAACGCCGAGGUUCACGCACUCGAUCUCAGCGGUGCUGUCAAGAUCGUGGCGGCUGGUGGAAGUCUGUUCAUCCUGAUGCCAUCGCUGAAAGAUGGCUGUUUCAACUUUCCAGGACCUCAGAGAAGUACUCGACCACUCAAGUGGUGGCUGUGGACCAUUCCAGCACCCCUGUUCAUCCUAGCUGCUCCAGGGUUACACACUGAGUACCUCUAG